AUGAUCGUGGGUGUGGGAAGAGCCUGUGCGGACACCGUCCGGGCUGGAGCAUUCGAUCCGCUAAAGCAGAACGCCACGAAGGUGAAGAUCCCCUCGGAGAUAGACCCGGUGGUGAUUGCCCAAGAGGGCGUCAGGAAGUUCGCCGAUGCGAAGCACGAUUUGAUCAUUCUUGACACAAGUGGAAGACACAAACAAGAGAAUGAGGAGCUUGCCGCUGCUAGAGUCUUUUUCUUGAGGAUACUUAGCAUUUGCUCUCGAACUUUACAGAACCCCGAUUUGAUCAUUUUCGUCAUGGAUAGCAGCAUAUGGCAAGCUGCGAAUGAUCAAACACUGGCCUUUAUAGAGAGCGCUAAGGUCGGUGCUGUUAUAAUCACCAAGAUGGAUGGCCAUGCAAAAGGUGGCGGAGCUCUUAACAUGGGAGAUAUAGCUGGUUUUGCUGAGAAAAUCAAAGAGGUUGUUCCAAGUGAAUUGCAGCCAGAGUUGCUCAUGUCCAUGAUUCCAGGAUUCAACAACGUAAAUGUGCAUAGUUUUGACACUCAACAGUUAAGAAAACUCUACGAGAAACGAAGCUGA